CCGGUGGUCGCUCUAUCACGGGGCUGCGGCAGGCGGGGGGCGGGGAGCCAUCUCGCGGCGCCGCGGGGAAACUCUCAGUAACCUUCCGGCAGUGACGCGGGCUGGCACGGACGGCCUGGCUUCCCCUCCCUCGUGCUUUAUUUCACCUCCCGCCACGCCCAGAUCAUCAGGGCACCAUGGAGUAGGGCCGGCUGGCACCACGCAGCCCACAGCACACUGGUGACAGGGAGAGUGUGUGUGCACGUGCGUGUGUGUAUGUGUGUGCACGCUGCCCUGCUGUGACCCUCCCCCCCCCUCCAUAGAACCCCGGAGAGAGGAAGAAAAGCGAGACAGUUGACUGGGGGAGAGACAGAGGAAAGGAGAGGAAAGAGAAGCAGCUAAGGAAGGAGAUAAGAAAAAGUGCGGUAGAAAAGACAGAAGGAAAGAAAGGAAGUGCAGGAAAGGAAAAGAUUACUAAUUGAGAGUGCAGGAAAGGAAACAGGAAAAGAAGUUACGUUUGUAGUGAUAAGAAAAGUAAAAUUAGAGGCAAACUAACCUACCCAAGUGUUCCGUGAGUGUGUUUUAUCUAUAUUUAUUGGUACAGUCGCAACACAAACACACACGCGAGGGGGAAGAGUUGCGGGUGAACGUUUAGUGUGCGAGUGGCGAGUGUUUUUUUCUUUUUUUGAGUGCUUGAUAACCGAGGAACAUAAGAGUGCACAUACACACAUAAACGCACACACACACACAUACACACACACACUCAAGCACCAUGGCAGCCACGUUCGACCCUACCGACAAAACCAGCUGGUACUUUGGGCAGAUGUCACGGCAGGAUGCCACGGACCUGCUCAUGGGGGAGAGGGACAGCGGGGUGUUCCUGGUCCGGGACUCCACAAGCAUCAUUGGUGACUACGUGCUCUGUGUCAGGGAGGACACGCGGGUCUCACACUACAUCAUCAACAAGAUCCAACAGUCCGACCAGAUGCGCUACAAGAUAGGCGACCAGAUGUUCCCCGACCUCGCCUCCCUCCUCAACUUCUACAAGAUGCACUACCUGGACAGCACGCCGCUCAUCAGGCCAGUGCCCAAACGCUACGAGAAGGUCAUCGCCAAGUACGACUUCGACGGAAACGACCCUGACGACCUGCCGUUCAGGAAAGGAGAAAUCCUCACCGUGAUCAACAAGGACGAGGAGCAGUGGUGGACUGCACGGAACUCCAUGAACCAGAUGGGCUCCAUACCCGUGCCCUAUGUGCAGAAGUACGAGGAAGGGGAAACUAUCUCCACCAGCAGAUCCAGCAUCCAGUCCACAGACUCAACGCCGCGGUCCAAGCCGAGCCUUCAGAGGAAGCUGCCAGCGUAUGCUCGGGUGAAGCAGGCGCGGGUCCCCAACGCCUACGACAAGACGGCGCUGCGGCUCGAGGUCGGCGAUGUCAUCAAGGUCACCAAAAUGAACAUCAACGGCCAGUGGGAGGGUGAGCUGAACGGGAAGGUCGGCCACUUUCCCUUCACCCACGUCGAGUUCAUAGACAGUGAAAACUCCUCUGUGGAUGGAGAACUUAAUUAGGCCUGAGCUCCUCUCCCCUCCCCUUCCCUUUCUCCCCUUACUUUCUUAUCUUUCCCUUCUCCCUUUCUCUCAUGUCGAAGUCAGGUCCUUGCUCUCUCUUCCUUCCAAUCCGCUCUCCAUCUCCUCUCCCCCUCAGCUCCCCUGUGUAAGGUUUAAAUAUUCACUCCCCCUUUUCUCCUUCCCCUCGCCUUCCCUCCCCUUCCCUAGAUUAUUUUAUUUUCUUAGGCGUAGUGUGAGUGAGAGUGAGCAAGGGUGAUUAUUUUUAUCAUUUUAACCACAGCACAAAGCGAGGUUGUGCAAGUGUUAGCGAGGGCUGUGCAGUGCGGUUUUUAUGGAUAUCCGUGAGAUUAAUAAAAUGCAAUAACAUAUUCAGAGCAGAGCUGGAGGCCACAGGUACAGGUAACGAGGCACACACCUGGAGAUGCCUUGCCUUGCCUUCCCCCCCCCUGUCCCCCUGCCUCCGAGCACCACCUGUGGCCAACACUCUGCCUCUAGCUAACCUUCCACCUACCCCUGCCACCUCCUACACUUUGUAAGACAUAAGACACAUAGAAUCAAACCUACUGCCUUGACCACACCUGUCCCCCUCACCUGUCUGGCCUGCCAUUGCCUCGUUAGUGAGCCGCCAGCACCUGGGGGACAACCAAAGCCAAAUUAGGUGUUAAUUGGCUACACUUUGUAUAUUGAAAACACUGAUAAAUUCUCUUACUUUUACCAUAAGAAACUGUACCUUGUUUUAGAUGGAUUAUUUUCCCUCUACUGCGAAAGGAAACUGUUGCGAUGGAUUUUAUUAUACAGACACAACACAAUGCUCAUACUUCACGAACGUUCUUUCCUUCCCUCUCAAGUUAUGACACUUUCUCCCAUCAUAGCAAGAAGCCCUCCCUCCCUCCCUCCUCUACCCUGUCUCCCUCCCCUUCUCCCAUGUAUAGAACAAUUUAUUUAGUGAUAAGAAGUGACACCAGAGUGAGGGUCACCAGCAGGCUAGUGAGACAGCGGUCCUCAGUGGCGUCCCUCCCAAGGCUGACCAGUAGACUUAGGGAACAUUAUAUCUCUCCUCCCGUGCAGUCUGGAGGUUAGUCUUUCCUCCCAUGCAGUCAGUCUGUGGCGGGGUUAGUCUAUUCCCCUGUGCAGUUUGUGAUGAUGAGUUGUGAAAAAAGUCUUUAUCUUCUUCAGCACAAAGACCACCACCUAGACUACUAAACUGUCCCCCAAAGCAGUCACUUUUCGGAGGAGUCUUUACCCUCCGUGCAGUCUGUGAAGAGUUGUGAUAAAGUCUUUACCCCUUCAGCACACACAGAGACCAACACCGAGACUACUAAAAAAAGGUCUUCAAAAUAAAAGGUCUUCAAAAACAGUCGCUCUCAGAUGGGUCUUUCCUCUCGGUGCAGUUUGUGAUGAGUUGUGAAUAAAAAGAAUUAAGGUCUGCACAAACUUGCCUCCAACCCUGGCAGAACUGACCACCUACCUCCCCUUCCCCCACCCUCCCACCUGCCCACCCACCUACUCCCUUGCCCCUUAAUUCUGUGACCCCGGAUGACCUUAGCACUCGAGGACCAUCACCACACCACCACUACCUCGGCCUCUUCUCCCUGGGAUGGAUAGGCUCAGUUGCACAAAUCUACAUACAUUCACAUUUUCCCAUUUGCCUCUUGUAAAAAAUAAGUGAUGAAAAAGCCUAUACAUAACUGCCUUUUUAUGUAUUUUUUUAGGUCAAAAUAUCCUCACACGAGGCUAAAAAAUUUGGUAUUGCAUUGUGGGAGCAAGUGGCCCCUUCCCCCCUCCCUUGGCAGCGGCGACAGCAAGAGAGGCAGCUGUGAUGUGCUGUGCUGUGCUGCUAGAGCUGUGAUGGUCAAAGGCCAAUUUUCCAUUUGUAUUCAAGCAAAGUCCACACUUCCUUGUCCUUCCCUCCCUGGGGUGAAUGUGCCUUGAUUCAUUUCAUUCUAAUCAAACUAAACUAUUGUAACCUAGGAUAGUUUGAGCUAACUGACCACUUUUGACUACUACAGCCUAGUUUAGGAUAGAGUUAAUCAGUCACGUUCACCUUGGGGAGGGAACAAAGGCACUACUUGGGGACUUGAGCGAACUGGUCAUGUGAAGAAUGGAAAACAGUAGCAAGUGUAGGGGAGGAGGGGGUGGAAGUGUGCCUGGGCAGUCUGUCUGUCUGUCUGGCUCAGCCCUUUGCUGUGGUGGCGAGGUGCACACACCACACAAGCCAAACAAACGUACAUAAGGUUCUCUCGCACCGUAUUUUGAUGUCACGGUAAUGUCUUCUUUAGUAUGCAGAUGUAUCAUAUGCCAAUAAAACAAACAAUUGUG